ACUUCCCAACAUGGCGCCGGCGGGCAGCGCGAACCUGCCGUGGGUGGAGAAGUACCGUCCGCAGGCGCUGUCCGAGCUGGUGUCCCACCGGGACAUCCUCAGCACCGUGCAGCGCUUCAUCAGCGAGGACCGGCUCCCCCAUCUGCUCCUCUAUGGGCCGCCCGGCACCGGGAAGACAUCCACCAUCCUGGCCUGUGCCAGGCAGCUCUACCGGGAGCGGGAGUUCGGCUCCAUGGUGCUGGAGCUCAACGCCUCUGAUGACCGAGGCAUCGACAUCGUCCGAGGGCCCAUCCUGAGCUUUGCCAGCACCAGGACCAUCUUUAAGAAAGGCUUCAAGCUCGUCAUCCUGGAUGAAGCCGAUGCCAUGACCCAGGAUGCUCAGAACGCCCUGAGGAGAGUGAUCGAGAAGUUCACAGAAAACACCCGGUUUUGCCUCAUCUGCAACUACCUCUCCAAGAUCAUUCCCGCCCUGCAAUCCCGCUGCACCCGCUUCCGCUUCGGCCCCCUGACCCCGGAGCUGAUGGUGCCGCGACUCCAGCACGUCAUCCAGGAGGAGGGGGUGGACGUGACCGAGGACGGGAUGAAGGCUCUGGUGACCCUCUCGAGCGGGGACAUGCGCAGGGCCCUCAAUAUCUUGCAGAGCACCUCCAUGGCCUUUGGGAAGGUGACAGAGGAAAACGUUUACACCUGCACGGGGCAUCCCCUCAAGUCUGACAUCGCCAACAUCCUCGACUGGAUGCUGAACCUGGAUUUUUCCAGUGCCUACCGCAAAAUCAUGGAGCUGAAGACGCUGAAGGGCCUGGCCCUGCAGGACAUCCUCACCGAGAUCCAUCUCUUCGUGCACAGAGUCGACUUCCCCCCCUCCAUCCGCAUCCAGCUUCUGAUCAAGCUGGCAGACAUCGAGUACCGCUUGGCUGCUGGCACCAGCGAGAAGAUCCAGCUGAGCUCCCUCAUCGCCGCCUUCCAGGUCACCAGGGACCUGGUGGCGGCUGAAGCCUGAGUCCUGCCGGGUGGAUCUGCUGCUGGAUUUGGGAAGGACCAUCAGCCUGGAGCUAUUCCCUGCAGCUUCCCAGUUCCUUUCUGGAAGCCUUGAGUGCACAGUCAGGGUAAAAAGGUUGUUAAAAGGUAACAUUAUUCCCAAGCUCCAUGGGAAAAUACAGGUGCCUCCAAAGCCCA